CAUACCCUUAUGUUAAUUCUAUUAUUUACUGCAGUCCCGCCUCUUAUUACGUUGUAUUUACGUCCUCUUUGUUAGUUAAACUUGAAUAAUGAAUAUAUUGGCAAGCAAGGUUACCGCCAGAGAAGUUAAAUGGAUAAUAAUUGAGAUUAAAUAAAAUAAUGUUUUAAAUUGUAUUAAAGAAACAUUUAAAAAUGAAUGAACCCACAAAUUGUAUCGAACUAUUAUCAAAUAUAAAUUUAUACACCUACCUUUUUAUAAUUAAUAAUAUAUAACAACUUAGUAAGUUCUUACUAACUUAUGUAAUUUAAUCAAAAUCACUAGUGAAUCUUUGAAGUUAAUCAUAUGAAUUAAUGAUAAUAUACUAAUAACCAAUGUUGUGUGCACUAUGGAUGAUAUUUGAUCAUUAGCUGUGUUGCUGUUUUGUACUGCAGCGAGCAGUCGUACAAUCGGCUAGCUAUUGUCGGACGUAACGUCUUAUUUUAUUAGACAAAACAAUUUAAAUACAAUAUUUGAUUUAUAUUUAGAACAAGAAACAGACUAACACCAUGAUAAGUUGGAUCAAAAUAACACUUAUAUUGUGUUUAUUUGGAACACUAAGAGAAAUAAGACCUUCAGAACCAUUUGUGACUGAAUUUCUGUUGGGUGAAUGGAGAAAUAUAACUGAAUCUCAAUUAAUCCGUGAUGUUUAUCCUGUAGGCACUUACUCUUACUUAGCACUUCUUGUGCUGGUCUUCUUAAUCACUGACUUUUUAAGAUUUAAACCGGUAAUAAUACUAUCAGGUCUAAGUGGAAUCUCGGUGUAUGCAGUAUUGUUGUGGACAAGCAGCUUAGAAUGGCUUAUGGUAUCUCAAGUGCUGUAUGGUCUUUAUAUGGCCACAGAAGUAGCCUACCUCACAUACAUUUAUGCCAAAGUAGACCCAGCAAAGUAUCCUCAAGUGUCAUCAUACACACGAAUUGCAGCACUGACCGGUAGAUUUUUGUCUGGUGCCUCAUCACAGCUUCUUACACAUUUUAAUAUACUGGAUUACAGAGAACUUAAUUACAUAACUUUUACAGCUCAAAUACUCGCGACCUUCUGGGCGUUCUGGUUACCAUCAGUUCCUUAUGGGAUCUAUUUUCAUCGGAGGAUCUCACCUUCUUCGGAUAUUGACUCUCCCACUGAAAAGCACGCGAUUACACAGGAGACCACUAAGCAAUCGAUGAGGUCCGAGGUGUUGGAGGCAGCUUCGCUGAUAUCGCGUCACGCCCGCACGGCGUACACGCGGCCUAAAGUCCUGGUGUGGUCGGCGCUGUACGCCGUAGCUCUGGCGCUGUUUGUGCAGACGCAGACUUAUGUGCAGAUGUUGUGGAUACAGAUUCAGGAAGAGAGCAAUUCGCCGGUUGCGUACAACGGAGCUGUAGAAGCAGUACAGACGCUUCUUGGAGCGUUGGGCGCCUUCACGGCGACUUAUUGGUCGUGCGCACCGCUGCCAGCCCUCGCCGCGGCGGUACAAGCACUCGCCAUGUCCGCGGGAACCUACGUCGCGAACGUGUUCGUGUCGUACCUGGGAUAUGUCGUCGUUGGUCUACUGUAUCACUUCACCAUCACUCUAGCCAGUGCAAAAAUAGCAAGUCAACUUAGCGAUGAAAGUUGCUUUGGCCUGAUAUUUGGUAUCAACACGCUUAUAGGGACCGGCCUACAGUCUCUAAUGACAUUGAUUCUCAUACAAAAACUGCAACUAUCAAUAUUCACACAGUAUUACUGUCUUAGCGGCCUGUUCUUAUUGUUAGCAUUGAUUUGGACGAUCGGUUGGAUGCUACAAAUGUUUCGACAAAAACAAUGUAUUAUUGUAAGUGAUAAUAAUUAUUCUAUCUAGGAUCAAACUUAUUUAAUAUUUUUAUUUGAGUAGAUAAAGAUUAAAGACUUAGAAAAACAAGACUAGCAUUCCAGAUGAUUUUGAUACUAAUUAUUAAUUUUGUUGUUAAAAAUUGUACUUACCUAUUUAUUAUUAACGUACUAUAAAAAACUAGACUCCCAAGCGCCUAUUAAAAUGUGACAAAAAUUUCUGAGCGGCGUUAUAUAUACGCAUACAAAAACUUAUACAGAUAACAUUAAAACAUUCAUUCAAAUUAACAGUUUCGUGCAGUAAUGUUCAAAUUCAAAGUACUAAGUAUUAUGGUAUCAAGUAUUAUUAUGGUCGCCGAUGUAUUUUGUUUUAGCAAUUGAAAUGUUAUUAUUUAGUAACAUCAUUAAAAGGUCAAUUGAAUUACAUGAUUCUGUUAAUUUAAACGGGCACUUGCGUGAAAUACGAUAUUCCAUCGUUUUCAAGUUUAGAUAUGCUGUUAUUUGGACCGUUUUUCACUGAACACUGUCAUUGCGUAGCGUUGUAUUCGCGCGGUCAAAACACAACUGAACGAAAACUCUGCCUAAUAGAUGCACGUAGUCAGAGUUAUGCUUCAGACUUUUUUAACGUGUUUGUGAGUAUAGUUGUUUAUUGUACGUUAAUACUAUAUAUACAAUAUGAUUAGUGAGACACUAUUUAAAUUUUAAGGAGAGUAUUCGGUACUCGAGUCUCGUCUAGUUAUGUAGGUACUUAGUUUUUGAUCAAAAUUUCCUAUAUAUAAAUGAGGUGUGGAUACAUCACCGCUUAGUGCGUGACUAUUUCGUUAAUGGAGCGCAAGCGCCUAUAGAUCCGUUUGCCCGCGUUCCCGCUUCCUACUUACGCGCCCCGCGAUUAGCAGCAAAUCCGGGUGUCCGCGCGGUGACAAUAUACUAAGUAGUCAUAUUAAAAUAAUAAAUAUUUCAUUUUCAUUUCUUUUCACUCACUACAAAUAACUUUAAAUUUACUUUGUCUAUUAAAUAACACCAGUUAAUUAUUUGUAUGGUUUUAUUGUUAAUUGAAACAAAAUUCAAAAACUCCUUGGACCUCUGACCCCAAAACUAGUUUAAACUGUAUCUUUGGGGGUAGCUGUAUCGGGGUCAGUGAUUCCUCGACAAAUGAAAUAUAAUUUUAAUAAAUAAAAAUUGAAUGUGUUUGUGUGAGUGUGUGUGUCGCCAACUAUCAAGUCUGUGAGUAUGGACAGUGUCUCACCAAUCAAGCUGUAUAUUACCUUAAAUUUGCUUAAGUACUUAUGUUAAAUUAGUUAAUAUGUUGUAUAUUUUUAUUAAAUGUUUGUUACUGUUGAGUAGUUAGUUAAUUUUUUUAUUUGGCUCAUAGUCGUUUGUUUAUUAUGUCGGACUUAGCUCAAUUGUACUUAAUUGGAAUGGACUUUAGUUAGGUAGUUUUAAAUUGCAAUUGUUGCAAGACAUUGUUAAAAAUUUGAUAUGGUGCUAAUAGAAUAAUAUAAUAGGUUAUAUUAAAAAUCUAUUAUAUACAA